GGCACCGCGACCGCACGGGUAGGCGGUUUGAUUCUCGGUUAAUGUGUUUUUAUAUUAGGUAAAAAAAUAUGAGUGAGAAUGUAUAAUUGGAUCUAAUUGAGUUAUGUGAUUUUUUCAGCUCUAUUUUCUAGUAUUUCAACAUAACCAACACCUUCACACCUUUAUCAAUUAGAAACAAUUCAAAACUUUUUAGUGCUUAUCUAACCAAACGAAUAGCUGGACAAUACAGUGAGUGUUUACAGUGAUACAUUUGAAAAAAAAAACUUAAAAGUGACAACCUCGUUAUAUUAUGUGACACCACCAUGGGCUGCGGAUCGUCCGGCAACGUGAUGCCAGUUGAGGGCGCCAAUGGCACCGCGAAUGGCAACGGCAAGGCGAAUGGUGCCAAUGGGCACCACGACGAUGGCUUGCCGACGGUGGUUCUGCCAGAAACGCCGGUUAAACCGAAACCUCAGCAUACCGGUGUCCCAAUUGCCUUCGAAAUCCCAUUGGAAGAGUUCGAUGCACAUCAACGGACAGAGACACCUCCACCGCACCUUCAACGCCUGCUGCAGCCGCCGCAGCAAGAGAUUAGCCUGCCUGACAUAGAGGAAAAACUGGCCGAAGCCGAACAGAGGAGACAACAGAUUUUGCAACAAAGGGCGGCAUCUGCGCAAAAGAAGGCACAGAGAAUGACCAGGUGUUUCCAACAAAUGGAUGGACUCGACUCGGAACAUGAAAUGAUGGAUUCCGUCAAACAUGCCCCGAAGCCGUUGACCAUCCCACCCGAUCCAGGGCUGGUUGAAGAUAAAAAUAUAUCAUAAUUAAUUAUAAGACAUCGUAUAAUUAUAUUAAUUGUAUUUAAUUAUAGGUUUAAUGUUAUCCAAUCAAACAUUUUUGGUUUACGCAAUAUGAAAUCGUUUAUGGUUUGAAAAAGGUGAACGUUUUAGGUACUUUAUAAAUAAUAAAAAUCUGAAUAUUUACAAAAUCACUUUUAAAUAGUAUGAUAUGGUACCUAGCCUACUUAUUUAAUACUUAACUGACUGUUCGUAUUACUUAUAUCUCAUCAUGGUUAAAUAAGAUUUUCGAAUAGUUUAACUAUACUUUUGGAGAGUCUAUCAUCCGCUGUGUACUUGCACAUUCUUAAAAUUGAGAAAGCCUUAUCUAUUUACACUUACCUACACAGAGAUAACUUAUGCAAAAACCUUGUCAAGAGAGAUAUAUAUAAACGUCGACUUCAUAUUUAUUAUGACUUGGAGCAAACAUGUCCCACAGUUAUAGUCCGUUUUUUUAAGAAGAAAGAACUUCGUUUUAGAAAGAACUUCGCAGAAGUAAGCUUGUGGUUCCAAAUCCGGCACUUUUAGCGGUAAUAAUUUGAAGUAAAUUAUAUGUAUUGACCAUGCUACAUUAGAUAAUUCAAUAAUUAUUAACAAAUAACGAGCCUGAUAAAAACUGCACGCUUGCUUCUGUGGAGUUCUUUCUAAUGCUAAAAUAAACGAACUAUAGGCGAAAUCUUUCCCCAAUUUCUCUACAGAUCUCGAACUUCUUAGUGAUAGUGUGGCUACUCCUUCAUGAAAUCCAGUUUAUCCCGCCAUUGCCGGUUGGGUAUCAUUAUCUGAGGCAAUGCAGUCGCGGUUGGGCUGGUCAGGCAAAUCUCUCCAGUCCGUUAUUUUUUUUUAAGAAUAUGAAUAAGAAUAAUUUAUUGAUAAUAAUUGGGAACACAGUACAUGCACAGGAGAUGUCUGGUAAGCCCCAAACUAGACUGAGCCUGUGUCUUGGGGCUUAACAAAAACAGUAUGUACUUAACAGUUGGAUAAAUUAAAUCUACAUAACUCAAAAAUUAUGUGAAAUGUAUGUGUGAGUGUGUGUGUGUGUUCGUGGCUUUCCUUCUCCAACUUGUCACGUAUCCUGUCCUGGUGUAUGCUAUCCAACCAGAUUGGGCCUGCCUUUACCUCUUCGGCUCUCCGGUCGGCCUUCUAGAAGGUGUUUGGGUAGGCACUCUAUCCUCGUCCAUUCGUAACACAUACCCUGCCCAUCGCAGGCGUCUGAUUUUUAUGGCCAGUUGUGUAAUGAAAAAGAAAGCGUUAAAAAUUAAAAGAGAAACAUUUGAAUACAGGAAAGCCCGCGGCAUAAAAUUGGAUUAAUUAAUUAACAUUUUUACAAAUCUCAGCGCUCGACGCUCUGAGAUGAAUAUUUCCUAAAUAACUUAUUAUAACACGCUC